UCUUCGCGCUGCAUGUAGGCAUUAUACAUAUAUAUCCGCGCAUAUCUAUCCACCCGAUAAACGCACACCUACUAGUUCGCUUUCCAGUUUCCAUUAUCGCAAGGUGCAUCCGUCUCCAUGCCUUUGAUCUUUGACAUAAUAAUAUAAUAUACCCCAAUACUGCGGAGAGGACAUCAGUGUGUGCGCGAUCGCUGAUGUUGUAUAUAGCUGCGCUAUAUAGUGUGUGUGUGCCAGAGAGAGAGAGAGAGAGAUUGACGGGCGAGUACGUUGGUGUCGCACACUGCACAUGUAUUGCGCUCCGAGAGUCUCUCUCUUCGUCGAAGAAAUGUAGUCUCCUCCGCCGCCACCGUCUGUCCAUCUAUUCCGGAAGACGACUCCGAAAUCUCUGUGAAACAUAUAUCUAUAGGCACAUACAUACGUCACUCCGUCUUCUCUCCUCAAUAGGUCUCUCAUAUACGUAAGUACGUACGUACGUACCUAACAUUAUGCUCCAAUGUGCGUGAGUACCUACAUAGAAACGCACGCGCGCGCGCACACAUUCAGGCGCACGCGAAACUGACAUAAACAACGAGGGAGGACACACGCACUCGCUCUCUGACGCCCGACGGUGGUCACCUGCUGCAAUAAUAUUAGCUCGCUCACGCUCUCCUCUGUCAAUUCCGUCGUCCCUGAUUCUCUAUUUCUCUCGGGCUCUGUCUCUCUUCGCCGAAAAGCAGCCUUAGAAAUACUGAUAGCAAUUGGCCCUUUGUUCGAAUUCUUUCUGCGUGCUCCCGAGAGAAGACGCAGUUUCUCGUUAGACCUUGCUCUCGAGCUCGGAUUCGUCCACGCGGAAAAAUAGUCUGUUUUGCUUGGCUGUUGAACCGGAGACAGUUGUCCAAGAUGCUUCGUUGAGACCCAAGGAUUCACGGCGUACAAGCAAACACUGAGAUUAUAGGAUAUCUGCAAUACAUCCGCACCCACUGACUGCAACAGCUGAACCAGUGUUGGGCCAAAUGGUUUUAUUAUCUUUGAUGUACAAACAAAUAUUUUAUAUUGUGAGUUUUUCCAUUACUGAUAGAAAUAUACAAAGAGUAGAGAAAAAUUAGUGAUGUUAUGCACUGAAUCAAACGGCAAGAAAAAAAAGUUCAAAACCUGUCAGCCACAUGAAUUAGAACACUCCUCGCUUAUUGGUUUGAGAUUUAAAGUGAUAAUUUUCUGCUAAAUCAUACUAGUCGCUGCUUUGAAGUGGAACUAAGACUCACGCACGUGCAAUGCCGAGAUGCUGCAAUGAGAACAAAUCACUGAGGCUGGUGAGCAGCAAUCAGCAACACAACACUGAAGAUAUUUUACUCACGCGCACUCGCCCUUUCUCUAUUGGUGGUGGCGAACAGUUGCAACUUGAAGAAGAGGCACCUGUUGUUGUUGUGGAGAGAUCGCACAGAAGAGUUCGCUGUGAUCUUAGUCCAGUUCCAACAAACAGCAAUUCUGGUUUUAUUAAAUUGAUUGGCAUAAAGGACAAAACUACUCGACAAGAUAGUCAAGCAAGACAUAGUUCUGGUAGCAGUGGGCACAGAGAUAGAGAAAAGGAGGCAAAAAAGAGAGCAGCUAUAGGCAACGCAGUGCGGGGACUUUUUCCUUCAGGCCAUAGUAGGCAGGACAGGUAUAAUGAUGUAUGAGACCAGCCGACAGAGACCAUCCGGAGGAACUGGCGGUAGUGUUGGCCUUUCUGGAUUGUGCCCAAAAUUGGCCUCGAAUUCGGGGAGUAGCAGUCAAAGCGGCCUUGGUCUGGGCCACCACUUAGCCCCACAGGAAAGUCCAUCGCCUUGCGGGGCAAUCACUUCCCAAAAAGGUCACGGGCGUCGAGGACGAAAAGUCACCAUUAAUUCGCAGGUCAAUAGUAGCUCGAGUAACUCCACGGAUCGGAAGUUGAGGUCGAAUCGAGCGGAACAUGGUUCACAAUCACCGCCACCGCCGGCGCUGUCGGUAACGAAAAACGGAAUCUCAUCGAACUCGCAAUCCGCGAAACAAAAAAAUCUCCUGGAUCCUAUUGAAAAGUCUUCUUCAGUAUCGUCCUUUGAUCAUGAACACAACAACAGUUUUAGCGAUGCAGAGGAAGCAAUCACGGCUACGGAAAGUCUUUCAAGAGUGUCAGGUAUUAGUUUGCCUUCCACGCCAAUGGGAAAAGGGAAUCCUAGAAAAGUAAGUAAAGAGGAAAAGACUGCAGAAAAAACUAUGCACUCGGCAAGUCCCGAGUCGAAAGAGGAUAGCGAUGGUAGCCGUAAGUUAUUAUCGGAUCCACGGGACGGGAGGACCUCAACCGAAGAUAUAAUUCAGAGCUUUGACGCCCCCGUCUCACAUAAGAAAAAGCCAAAUGUGGACGAAACUAUAAGCGUUCGCGAAAAUAAACGGAAAACCUCUGUUUACUCUCUAGUUAACUUUGAUUCUAAGGGUAGUGCCAAUAGAAGAUCAAAUUUUAAGCAAGAUAAUUCAGCUGAGAGCAGUACUCAAAAAGAUCCUGAUGUCAUUCUGGAAAUGUCACGUGGUGAACAAAAUCAUCAGAGAGAUCUAAACGAAAGUAGUAUACCGUCGACGUCGAGAAAAUCAACUAGUGCAGAGUCCAGACGUAAAAAAGUUUCGACAGAGACGAUGGAUUCGAGUAAGAGUGAGAAUUCCGUAGACGAGAGUAAAUUGGCGAAAGACAUUAGUGAAAGUGUAGCCUCUGAGCAAACGAAAAAUUCGAGGUUCACGACGUCAAACGUGAUGGGCGAAUCGAUGGAUCUAGAAAAUAAAGAGUUUCGUGAAGAAUGUCAAAGUACUGCAAUUGAAGAAGUCACUAUUUACGAUGAGGAUGACAAUGGUACGAGUAUAAGUGAUAUAGUCGCAACUCAGGCGCUUCACGAAUCUCUGAGCAAGUUGGGUAAGGUUCCACCGAUACCUCCGGAGAUAACGAUAGAGGAGGAUGGCAAAGAUGUAUCCAAAUCCGAAGAAGUUAACCAAAAAGAAGCGACUAACGAGGGAACGGCGGAGGGGUUUAUAGGACCACUGCUUGACGAAAACUAUAAAAACGACGAAAAAUUAGCGCCGAAAACCGUAGGAAUUGAAGAAGUAAGAAAUUCGUUAAAAGUUAAGGUUCAAACGGUUGAAGACGAUGACGACGAGGAGAAAGCGGUGGCAUCUUCCCCUGAUGGAAGAUUUUUGAAAUUCGAAGAGGAGAUAGGCCGUGGCAGUUUCAAAACUGUUUAUAGAGGUUUAGAUUCACAGACUGGCGUGGCUGUUGCUUGGUGUGAAUUACAGGAGAAAAAGCUAAAUAAAAUGGAAAGACUGAGAUUUAGGGAAGAAGCUGAAAUGCUAAAAGGCUUACAGCAUCCAAAUAUAGUUAGAUUUUAUGACUAUUGGGAAGUGACACUUAUUAGACGAAAAUAUAUUGUUUUAGUUACAGAGCUUAUGACUUCAGGCACUUUGAAAACGUAUCUACGGCGAUUCAAAAAAAUAAAUCCUAGAAUUUUGAAAUCUUGGUGUCGGCAAAUUUUAAAAGGACUUGCGUUUCUUCAUUCAAGAUCACCUCCGAUCAUUCAUCGUGACUUGAAAUGCGAUAAUAUUUUUAUCACCGGUACCACUGGUAGUGUGAAAAUAGGCGAUCUCGGUCUCGCUACAUUGAAAAAUCGUAGUUUUGCCAAGAGCGUUAUCGGCACACCCGAGUUCAUGGCUCCAGAGAUGUAUGAAGAACAUUAUGACGAAUCUGUAGACGUUUAUGCCUUCGGUAUGUGUAUGCUCGAGAUGGCUACUAGCGAAUAUCCAUACUCUGAGUGUACAGGUCCAGCUCAAAUCUACAAAAGGGUUGUAUCGGGUGUUAAGCCACAAAGUUACGAUAAGGUGGAAAAUCCGGAGGUUCGAGAAAUAAUAGAAAUGUGUAUAAGAUUGAAGAAAGAAGAAAGGCCACUGGUCAAAGAUCUUUUGAAUCAUGAAUUUUUCGCAGAAGAUGUAGGGCUUAAAUUAGAAAUGGUGUCGCACGAUACUGCUGUCGCAGAAGCAGAAUUAUCGCGCGUUGAAUUUAGACUUCGUGUUACUGAUCCAAAGAAAAGGAGUAAUAAGCAUAAAGAGAAUGAAGCAAUACAAUUUGACUUUGACAUAGAAGGUGACAACGCGGAAGAAGUGGCAUCAGAAAUGGCGAAAUCUAGCCUUAUUUUAGAGGAAGAUGCCAAAGCAGUAGCAAAAAUGAUCAAGUCGCAGAUCACGACAUUAAAGAGAGAAAGGGAAGAAAGGAAGUUAAAGGAAGAGAAAGAUAGGCAGGAUGCAGAGACUAAUGAAAGCAUUCUACAAAAUCAAUUAUUAAUGCAACAACUACAGGCUCAACAGCAGCAGCAGCAGCAGCAACAACAACAACAGCAGCAGCAGCAGAACCAAACUCAACAGGUGCAAGCAGGAAUAAGUAUCCAGCAGGUGCAAAACACGGUGCAGAUAGAACACAAUUUACAACCACAGCCCGUGCAACUCGUCCAGCAACAACCCUUAAUUCAACAGCAGACACCUGUUAUACAGCCUCAACAGGCUCAACAAAUUCAACAAAUGAACCAACAGUCACAGCAACAACAGCAGCAGGUUCAAUAUCAGCAGCAGCAACAAUAUCAGCAAAUGACUCAAGUAUCACAAACAAUGAGUGCUAAUUCCUCUCAGUGCUCCACACCACAGGCUGUGCCAACGCAAGCACCUUUCCCGCAAGUGACUCAGCAGCAAUUACAACAGCAAUAUAUGCAGCUUAACCAGAUGGGAAUAGCUCCACAAUUAACUCAUCCUCCUCAGCAGAUGCAGAUACCCCAAAUACAGCAAACCAUUCAAUACACUCAAACACAGGUGCAGCAUGUCCAACAAAUACAUCAAAAUCCUGUCGCUAAUCCGACAGCGGUACCAAGCAUGCAGGGUCAACAAUUUUAUCAUCAAGGAACUACUACAAUGCCAACUUAUCCUAAUUCACAAAUUUUUCCUCAAAAUGUGUCUCAACCGAUUUUUCAUGGAUAUUCAACUAAUUCCACUGGUGGGCAUAUUGAUGUUCAGCAAUCUCAACAAGUCUAUGCUCAACAAAGUGGAAAUAAUGCUGUUGCGACAUCUAUUGGUUAUAUUCAACCUAUGCAAGUUCAAGUUUCAUUACCACAACAGGUUGCAAAUGUUCAAAAUGUUUCGACAGUAGCACCUACUGUUCAAACACUGCAGGGAUCUACGAUUCCGCAAAACAUUCAAAGUACACCGACAUUAAUUGCAAAUGGAACUCACCAGUCACAAACGCAGCAAAAUAUGAGAGUGCAAAUGCAAUAUUCGCAGGGUAGUAGCGUCGUAUCUUCCGCUGGUUCAAUCCAACAAAAUUUAAAUAUUGUCUCGCAAGCCUCCAGCACUGCAACCCAACAACAAUCAUUGCAGCAAACUUUAGUUCAACAACAGCCAAUUGUUCAACAGCAGCCUAUUAUGCAAACUCAGCUUCUUCCACAGCAGCAAAUUCAACAAACUAUCCAACAACAUCAGCAAUCUAUGCCUCAGCAGCAGCAGCAGGUUAUACCACAACAACAAACUAUGCCUCAACAACUACAGGCUUCUGUUCCUCAGCAGCAGAUUAUUCAACAGCCUCAACAAAAUAUUUCCCAACCACAAGUUUUAUCACAAAUGCCGCAACCACCGACCAUGCAGCAACAAUUGCCUCAUGUACAGCAACAUCAACAGCUGCAGCAACAACCACCGCAGCAGCAGCUUCAACAACCACCACAACAGCAACCUCAACAGCAAAUACAGCAACAACCACAACAGCAAAUACAGCAGCAACCUCAACAACAAAUGCAGCAUCAUCUUCAACAACAGAUGCAGCAACCACCACAACAGCAAUUUCAGCAGCAACCUCAACAACAAAUGCAGCAACUACCACAACAGCAAAUGCAACAACAGUCUCAACAGCAAAUGCAGCAGCAACCUCCGCAGCAAAUGCAGCAGCAACCCCAACAGCAAAUGCAGCAUCAACCUCCACAGCAAAUGCAGCAGCAACCCCAACAGCAAAUGCAGCAGCAACCCCAACAACAAAUGCAGCAGCAACCCCAACAACAAAUGCAGCAGCAACCUCAACAGCAAAUGCAGCAGCAACCCGCACAGCAAAUCCAACAACUACCACAACAGCAAAUGCAACAGCAACCCCAUCAGCAAAUGCAACAACAACCGCAACAAAUGCUUCAACAGAUGCAGCAACAACAAUUACCACCUACGCAAACGAAUUUCCAGCAAAAUGUUGAAACCACAAUCAAACCCGAAACUUUUGAAGCUCCUGUUAGCUCUGUUUCAUUAGAUUAUUCAAUAGCGCAACAAUCCCAGGAUAGUGCUGUAAACUCUGGUGUACAACCUACAACCGUAGAUAGCACUUCAAAUGAGGUCCCAGAUAAUUCAACUACUUCUACCACGACCACAACCACGACUGAGAAAAGUAAAAUCAAAAGAACUGGAACAAAAAGAAAAAAGCCAGGCAUCAAAUUAACCGUUUUAUCAGUGAGCAAUGUGGAAGGACAGGCUAUAUCUGUAGAAUGUCAAUUAGAUACUAGCAAACAAAAGACUGUGACGUUUAAGUUUGACCGAGACGAAAUGGUUCCAACUGAUAUUGCGAAUAAUUUGGUGGCAGAAAAUCUCUUACCCCAAUCUCAGCGGGAAACUUUCAUCGAACUAAUUGAAGAUAUUGUCAAGCAAUUACGUCUCGAUCCAUCUUUGAAUCUACCUUUGGUCGCUCAUGGACCACCCGAUCAAUCUGCUGGUGGUAGUCCUGUUACAAGUCGUAGGCCUCGAGAGCGCGAUCACAGCCUUGACAUGUCGAAGCAGGUGAGACAUGGCUCGCUAACUCGUCAAAGCAGCCACCGAUCUUCGUACAAAGUUCAUCGUAGGCACCGUUCGAGGGACGAAACUUCAAAUACAUCUACGCCAACGAAAAUGUUGCCCAUAGAACAAAUAAUCACAUGCAUGACAAACGCUGGAUUAUCGGAAAGACAACAAACUCCUACAACGGCUGUAGAUGUUCAAAUACCUCCGAGUACAGAAUCAGCUGAGGCAUCAAGACGUUCUUCUACAUCGACACAAAAUACUGAUACUUUAACACCAACAAACACUAUUGAUAUGUUGGAUAGUCAAGAAACUAUUGUUCCGGGUUCCUCGACAACGAUAUUUGCUGAGUCACUUUAUCAAGAUCAAGAUGCUAAAGUUGAAUCAGGAGCCUCGACCGAUAGUCCUCCAAGUGAAGUAGCGUAUGAAUUAGAAGAGAAAGCAAAGAAAAAUCAAACCACAGUAACUGCAGAUUAUACGGAGAAAAAAGAUAAUGGUCAAAAUUUAUCAGAAUCUCAAGAUGAAACGAAAAAAGGCAAUGAAUCGGAAAAUUCUGAACCUAAAAAGUUAGCAGUACCACCUAUGAGAAAAAUUUCCCGUUUUCUAGUCAGUCCUGUAGUUGAACAAAAGUCUGUAGUUAUGGAAGGUGAAACGACUAUACAGCAUCAAGUUGUAGAACAGUCUUCUGUCAUAACAAAGCAGGAAAUAGUCGGCGCUACUAAAAUGGGAGAAAACCAAAGUACGGCUGAAAAUAUACAAACUACUAAAAUGCCUACAGAAGAACUUGAUACUGUAUUGGUUCAACAAGCUAUGAUUCAUCAACAACAGCAGCAGUUUCAAUCUGUGCAAGUUAUUCAAAAUUCUGGACAGGCUCAAGUUGAUGCUUCUCAUGCAGCAGUGCAACAGGUUUCUGCCCAUGCUACUUCAGUGGCUUAUCCUGUUCAAAUUCAACAACCUGUCUUGAAUGAAACCGAAUUAGUAUUGCAAAACCAGCAACUUAAUACUGUAGCUGUUGUUGAUAUUCAGCAAAAUAUGCAAAACAUAAUGGCAGUUCCUGUAGAGAUACAGAAUCAAAGAGUUAUUCCACAAAACACUGUUGUGCCAAUGCAACAUGAAGUUCCACCACAACAGAUACAACAGAUGCAGCAACCCCCGCAGCAUAUCAAUGUUCAGAACCAAAUGCAGCAUCUACAGCAAUCUAAUAUUGAUGAAAGAAAUCGUAGGAUUUCCAAUAUAUCAAAUAACUCAAACAUUUCAUCAGAUUCACAGCAGUCGGAAACAACCAUACCUAAUCAACAUGUUCAACAGCAACAGCAGUCACAACAAUAUUCCAAUCAGCCACAGCAUCAACAAUUACAACAAGAUAGUACUGUUAAUGGCGUCUUGCCCACUGGAAUCAAUGGAAAUGUCGACUUAUCUCAGCAACCGCAACAACAAUCGAUUCACAAUAUUGCACAUACAGCCAUUCCGGGAGUAUUACCAGCUUCUGGUACUCAACUCACAACUCAAACAUCUGUGACAAGUGAAGCAGCGCCAAAAGCUAAAGUGAAGGAAGUAUCAUCAACUCUGCCAGAUCUUGCGCAGAAUUUGGCAAACAUCUUGUCGAAUCCAAAAUCAAAAUCUGCCCACGCUGUGGCACAGUGUCACGAGCCAAUGCAAAAUCCUGCAGUUAUUCAGCCAGUUUUACAUUCAGAACAGUACUUCCAGCCGAUUCAACCGGAAACGUGUCUGCAGAACAUUCACAUUCAGCAGCAAGUGCAACAAAACGUGCAACAGGUAAUCAGAAAGUUGCACCAUCUAGGAAAUUCUUUUUGGAUCGUGCAAACGCAGCCCAAUUUCCCGUCUAACAUUCCAACUCAAACUUCUGUAAUCCAACAACAAGGAUUGAUGCAAGCAAUUCCCCAAGCCAGUAUUCAACAAUCUAUUGACUCGCAAAUUCAGUCCCAGCUUCUUCACAAUCAGCAACAUAACAUGCCAUCUCAUGGUAGUAUACAGGGACAAUGGGUAGUUCCAUCAUAUGGAACUUUACCGGGACAAAAUAUCAUUCAACUUCAACCAAUCCAACAUGUGCAUGUCAUUCAAAGUCAAGCUACAAUGCAGCACAUGAUGCCUGUUCAAAUUCCGCCUCAAACGCAAAUGCAGCAACAACAACAACAAUCCCUCCAACAAAAUAUUCCUGAACCCGUUGAUCAUUCAGCCAUGAUCGAACAGCAACAGCAUUAUAAUUUGCAACUCAAGCUUCCAGAGCAAAAGCAGACUAUAGCACACGCUGAAGCUGAGAUUGGUUCUGAAUGUAACAUAAGUCGGCGCACAAGCUCUGACUGUCAAAUGCUUUCUUCGGAAAAUGAUUACUCCAGUCACGAUGCAGAGUACACCGAGUCUACGGAAUAUCAGCAGAAACAGACCCGAGAGCAGCACCGUAAACUCAGUCAACAAAAUUCUCUGGAUAAACCAGCGGAAGGUACUGUUGGAGGCUCGCAAAUGAUUGCCGAUUUACAACAAAAAUUGGUGCAACUAACUAGUCAGCCAUCGGAAUCGCUGAACAUUAGUACGCCACCGAUCAGCCAUCCAGCAACUCCUCACGGACAACAAUCGAGUAUACAAGACGCACAUAUGUAUAAUUUGCAGCAAAAAUUGGGUACCAUUCCUGGCAUACCGGUCACCUCUUUCCAAACACUGGCUCCUCUUUCUCCUCAGUCUACGAUACAUUCUGGUCAAUCUGUUUUCGUUGGAGAAAACAGCAGUGGGAUCGAUAAUAAUAUGACAGGGGCAGUAAUGGACCAGUCUACGUCCCAAAACACUGUUCCGCAAAACAAUCCAGAGCUCGAAGGUCUACCGCAAGCUGGUGCGGGUAGCCAAUCAGCAACGGAAAUGUCUAGUCCCAGUAAAGAAAGCGCCAAGUUUCGUACUCAGAGGCCGAGCUCCCGACUCCAAGAGCUGGAGAACGAACUCGCGAAAAUUCAUCAAAAGUGUCCGAAUUUAGCUGUGGCAUCCUCGGCACAGAAUAACAUCGCGGCCACAGCGCCAGUGACUGCAAUUUAUUCUGUUCCGGGCCAGAAUCCGCCUUAUCAACAACAGGCUCAAACGUUACCUCCUACUGCUCUACCAGUAAGUAGCGUACCAGUAGCUACUGUUGCUCCAAGCGUCGUUACUCCGCUCUCCAGUGUGGAAAAUCCUCAGCACGAGAAUCAAGAUUCUUCUGCUGCUAAUGCUGAGCGUAUCACACUCAAUCAGCCUGUUAGAAAAAUUUCAAGGUUUAUGGUUUCAAAAGUGGCUGGACCACCUGCAAGCGAAAUAGCAUCGUCACAGAAUCAAAAUUCCGAGGACGUGAAAAACACAGAAAAUAGGACUGGUGCUAUUUCACAUCACGCUGAUGAGCAUUCAAUAGGUGCAACGCAGAUGCAAAUCAUACAUAGCCGAGAAGGAUCUGUUCCGCCUAUGCAAACCGCUUUGUCAAAUAAUGUUCAGGCUGCAGAGCAGCAUGAGAAGGAAGAAAGGUUCUCGACAUUAACCCCUAGUGAAGAGUACCAGCUUCUCAUUAAAAGACAAACAAUGGAGUUAGAAACGUUACAGAAGCGGCAUCGUGAAGAACUGGAGCGUUUCCAACAACAUCAGUUACAGCUGUUGAUUCAGCAGCAGCAACAAGCUAGCGCAUUUCAUCAGCACCACCCUUUACUUUACCACACUAUAACAGGUCAAAUGAGGGUACCGAGUUCGGAUGAUUACAUAAUGUUCAGUCCAGCGACGCAGACGCCGAUACAGCGUAAGCUGAGCUUUUCUCCGGACACGGAGGAAACGCUGCGGUUAGCGACGCAAAAGCUAAAGCAGCCGGCGCAGGGCGCCGGAUCUGCUAUUCCUCAUGCUUACGUCAUACCAGUGCCAAUAGUGCCUUCGGAGAACCUCCAGAACAUCUCGGCUGCGAACGAGAUACCGGACAUGGGGCUGGUUACUUCGACCAACGGCCCCACGACCCAAUUCCUCGGGCAACCGCAGUACCAGUUUGGCCCUUCAACACUGCCGGAUGCCACAACACAGGGAAGCUCGGCGGGCACUCUAGUCACAAGCGCGAUAGCCGGGAGCUCGGCUGGCUCGAGCGGGUACAUCCAGUAUCACGAGCCGGCGCCGUUGCAGGCUUUCAGCUACGCACCGCACGGAAGUUUUUUCCUACCUGCGGGCUACCGGCUAAUCUACGCGCCCCAGACAGCGGGUACAACACCGCAGAUGCAGCCCGCGACACCUGCGACGCCCCAGCUUGGCAAUAGCUCCAACGACGGCACACCGCCUGGCGAGCCCCAGCAGCAGUACAGCACCGCCGUCGACUCGCAGCAACUGGCUAAUGCUCCCAGCACGCAGCCCGACUAAAUCUAUUUCAUGAAUUUAUCUGUCAGUCUGUUUGUCUGUCCGUUGCGUAUGUCUGUCCGUUUGACUGUCUGUAUUUUAGCGUGCGUGUGUUGCAGUUAUGCAUGCGCGAGCCUCCGAGACAAAGGCACCUCAUCUCGAUAUACAUGUAUAUUCCCCUGAUGGUAUGCUGAAUUUUUAUCAAGUAAUUUAAAAAUAAAAAACGUUUCUUCGACUUUUUUGGAGAUGAAAAAAAUGCUGCGCAUUUCAAUAGUAUGUUGACAACCAAAAGAGAAGGACUUAGUUUUUUUUUCUUUUGUAUCAUUAUUUAUUAUCCUUCUGUGAGUUGUUGCUAAAUAAAUUGCGAGAAUGUUCUCGUUUUAACGACUCUUUUGUUAGAAUAAUUUCAAAGUGAUUUCAAAAUAUUUUGAAGUUGUUUAUCUGCCAUCGACUGCUUCCUUGUAGUAAUUUUGUCUGUUGAUGUGAUUUGCUGAGAAAAAUUUAAGUCAUGCGAUUAUAUAUAUAUAUAUUUUACAUAUUUUAAUAUACAAAAUGAAAUGAUUAUUGUCAUUACUGUUAUGGCGCGUAAUGAUAUUCAGAAGCAGCUUUUUUGUGUAUAGCCAAGUGUCAAACAUGUACCACCGUGUAACGAUAAAUGUGGCCCAAGGCACUGAAUUGCGAAUAACUGAAUUACUUGUAGCUAAUGUUAACUGUGUAAAACUGGGUAUAGAGGCCUUUUUCUAUUAGUACACUUGUGAAUAUAAAAUUGAGUGUGACGAGUGUGAAAUGUUAAUGAAUGAAUGCGAGAAAAUAGAAAACAAAAAUAAAUAUGGUGAUAUCAAGUGACUUUUUAUAAUGUCGCUUUUUACAUCUAAUAAACAGGCCUCAGCUAGUCGUACAACUGAAGUGGAAAGCGUUUAAUCUGCUUGACAUUAUACAAGUAGUCGUUUAUUAAGAAAGCGAGAAUGAGAGAGAAAGUAAGUCAAUUUAUCCAUUAUCAAAACGAAAGGAAACAAAGAGAAUGUGAUUCGCAUAGUCACCGUUAUGCUUUAAUGUAUUUCUAUAGAUUUUUUUUUUUUCAUUUACUUUGAUCAAAUGAAAAAAUAACUUUUGUUACUAGAUUACUAGAUAUCCAUUGGAAACUUCAAUCUUUUCUCUUUUGUUGACUUUUUUCUUUAUCCUUUUUGCUUCCUUCCUCUUACAAUAAGCCACUGCAAGCUCUGGUUGUCUUGUGGCUACUUGUAAUGUUAAACUAUUUUUAAAUAAGCGACAUUUCGUGCUUUAUGCUCGCUCGUAUUAUUAUUACUAUUAUUAUUAUUGUAAUAAUUAUUAUUUUAUUAUUAUUAUUAUUAUUAUUAUUAUUAUUAUUACUAUUAUAAUUAUUUUAUUAUUAGUAUUAUACUACCUUCAUCAUUAUCAUUAUUAUAAUUAAAUGCCUCGUUGAUCCGUGUUAAUAAUCUUUUUUAUCAUAAUACCUUGUACCAAAAUUAUAUCAACAUUUAUGGUGAUUAUUUUAAUGCCGAGUAUUGUAUUCUAGAAUACAUCUUUAUACAUUUCAUCGUGAAUGAAACUUGCAUUGACUCGAUCGAUCAUUGAAUAAAAAUAAUCAACAAUUUUGAAACUGAUUUUGUAAUAAUACAUAAUUAUGAAACACGUUUGAAGCAGUCUACUACUCCCUACCAUUUAUUAUUGCAACGGUUUUUACAAUAUUUUUUGUAUUUAUUCUUAUUACUAUUAUUAUUAAUUUGAGCGAAAGGGGCCUAGCGAUUUUUUUUCACGUUUAUCCACUCACUAGCGUCGCAUACAAUUUCUAAAGUGAUCAUUUUUAUAGAGAUACACGAUGAAAAAUUAUAAGGCACUUUCUCGCUUCAGCAGGUUGUGCCUAUUAUAAAACAAUACACGUUAUCAAUGCGAUAUGUAUCUAAAGUUAAUAUGUAUUUUUUUAAAACACUUUUAAAGCGACUCUGAUUGUUGGAAUUUCGUUCACUUCAAACUUGUUUUUAAUGUGAUUAAAUAACGAGUAAACUAUGGAGUGAGUUCCAUCGAAAAAUUGCUUCGUUUCGGAGAUCUUUGAGUAGCGAAAACGCUAAUAGUGAAAAAAAGUCAAGACUGACACACUGGUGAAUAAAGUUUGAGCAUCUCAUGGCUAAAUUUUUAUUGUUUUGUUCGAUAAAAUAAAAUUCGAUUUCAGAAAUCCAUCAAAUAUCAUUGUAUAAGACAAAUUGUUAGCAGGAUUUCACCGUCCGAUGAAUUAUACGACACACAACAGUCGAUUAAUGUUUUGUAAUAACGAUAUAAAUCACUUUUCAUUUGUUGGUUUUGCCAUCAGUCUGCUCGAAAACAUGUUUUGCAUUAUGAAAUUGAUGCCGAGCGCUAUUAUAAAUUACCGCUUGAUUUCUGUACAAAUAUAGCUGAUUCAUUGUUGCCACACAUAUAUCCCUGUAACGACGUUUCUUCCUGAAAUUAAGAUAUGUGUAUAAUUUUAGAGCUGUUUAUCGUAUACAGUGUAAAGAAGAAACUCGAGCUAUAUUUAUUUAAACAAAUUUUAAUUUAGAUAAUAUUAUAUGACUAGAAAAAAAAAAAAGAAACGAAUUGUAAAAUGUUCUGAUGGGUUUCGAAAAAUUGAGUGAAUUGAAUAGUACGCAUUACUCUACAUUUAGUAUAGAAUACAUAUAAGUAAACAACAACAAGAAAACAAAAAUGACAAAGUAUCAACUAAGGUGUAUUUGAUAAAGCGAGUGAUUGAGCGCAUGUGAUAUAGGUAUGCAUGUGAGCGUGCGAAUGACUUAUAGAAAAAUGAUGAUAAAAAAAAGAAGGGGAAGCGAUAUUAGUUUCGUACGUUAAUAUACUAAAUACGAUUUUCCAAACGGAAAUAAUAAUGUAAGUAUAAUAGGUAUAUAAUAGCGGUGGUUAUCAAGAAAAAUAAAAAAAAAUGUGCGGACGGCUUUUAUUUCUGCAAUAUAUAGAUUCCUAUGUGAUGUGCAAAUAUAUCUUCGUUAUAUCCACCUCUAUACGAUCGGCUAUACUGCAACGCGAGGCACCGUUUUUUACUAUCUUCCCCCUUUUUUCCGACUCAGUUCGAAAACUUCGUCACCGUAUAAAAUUUUCUGCUGAAUAUCAUUGUAUAACUUAUUAUCUCGUAUACUGAGCGCCACACACGUGAUGAUUUCAAUACAAUAUUAUAUUAUCAUUCAAAUAUAUUAUAUAUUAUCGUUAUACGCAUUAUUCCUUAUCUUCAUUAUAGUCUGCGUGUGUGCGAGGUACACAAAAAAAAGUUAAAAACGCUGAAUAAAAUAAAUCCUCAAGUAUACUAAAUUGGAAGAAAAUGCUUUAAUUGCGCUGUUAUACAAGUAUAUCUAUAAAAAGGAAAACUAAAAAAAAUUGAAGAUGCGCGCACCUGCGUAUGUGCAGAAAAAAAAAAACAUUAUAAACUGUCUAUUGCGAGAUCAAAGCAAUCGUUUAAACUAGGCUGUAAUUGCAAUGAAAGAAGUAAAAUAAAGUUGCCAAAAGUGACAUUAUAA